AUGUUCCAUGUGCCCUCCGUGUACGUUCUCGGACAUGCGCUUAGUGUGGAGCUCAUCUUCACAAGCUGCACCUGGUGCGCCAGUGAUGCCUCCACCUAUGGCAUUGUUGGCCCCGUGGCCGAAGGCCUUGUCAACGACUUCGAGACUGAGCAAGGCAUGAGAGUGAUCGAGGCGCUGUUGGAUGCUGGGAAAGGCUACCGUGUGGUGACCUACAAUGGCGUUCGCGAUGGGUCCGUGUGCAACCACCUGGGUAACCUCAUGUCCAUGAAGGCCUUGAAGUGGAAUGGCACCCUGGCCUUCAACGCUGCGGCAACCACCCCUUGGCGACCCCUCGGGUCUUUGGCAGGCUACCAGAGAUCAUCUGGUGCCCUGUCCUACUACACGAUCCUCUACACCGGACACCUGGUGCCCAUGAUCGUCCCAGACACCGCCAGGGCGAUGAUUGAGGAGAUCGUGAACACUGCAUCCGCGCAGGGUGCCAUCGUGGUUAUGGCUAGCCUGCUGAGAGCCGAUGAAGUACAUUCCGACACCCGCACUCUCGUCAAUCCUGGGGCCAAAGCAAAGCUGGGGCAAGAGGACUUCUCGCAGGCACACCAGCGGCUGGAAGACCGCCGCGGCAAGGAGGUGAAGUUCUCCGACCAGCCAGAGGUCCCCGGCCCAAAAGAGGACAUCGUCCUCCGGCUUUGGCGGCGGCUUCCUGAGACGCCGCUACCGAACCUCUACUGGGUGGGCGGAAUCUUCACCGCGAUUUGGGGGUACCGCAUGUGGGGCGCCUUCACCCGGCUGAUGAUCAUCAGGUAUGCGGAUGUCAACUACCAGCUGCGCCGACCCGAUGUUUUGGCCAACAAGGUGGUGGCCUUGCGCUACCUCGUGCUGCCAUUGCUCGUCGUGCCCGGUGUUGCCAUGGGCAUCGGUGGGCUAGCCAUCCUCCUGAGCGACGGGGCGGCCGAGGACUCACGGAAUCCGUUGGCCCGACUUCUGCAGGGGCAGGCCUUCUUCCGUCUUGAAGGGUCUGGGGACUAG